AUGGAUAUAAAUUUACCACCCGUAAAGCCAAUUGUGUCAUCUAGAAAUAAAAUUGACUCUUCGAGGAACACGCACUCUACAGAAAGCUUGUAUGGAGUUUAUACACGAAAUCAUUUGCAAAACCAAAAAAAUUCCCUUUAUGCUAAAGGGAAUAUUCUAGUAGAAAGUAAACCCAAGCUAAAAAUCCCUAGCUCCUACAAAUCUUCACGACAAGUCCAAUAUGAAAGCCAGCCUAAAACAGAUCCAAAAAUAUUUACAAGUUUUGAUAAUUCAACUCAGCGCUCAUUUACUCCUAAUGAAAAACCAAAAAUCGAAGUAUGAAAAACUUCACCAAGGAAAAUCAGGUCAGGUUUAAAUGAAAAUUCACAAGGUGAGUUAAAAAUACUAACUAUCUUUGUAAACAAGCAAAGCUAUUUUGCUGAUUACUCAAUGGCUAUUUUUUUUUGAAAUCUUAAAAAAAAUCCAAUUGGAAAAUAAAAAUUAAUUUAAUUUAAAAAUUUUAUGCUCAUAAUGAAACUGUUAAAAAUUAAAAAAAAAUUAGUUAAAGAUUUCCUUAUGACAAUUAUCACUUAUAUAUAUUAAAAAUUUAUUUGCUCGCUCACAGAGGAGGAGUAAAGAAGAAGUAGAAAGGCUAAAUUUGGUUAUAGAAAAUAUGAAGAAAAUCCAUAGUGAAGAGGAAAAAAAAUUAAUGAGCCUUAUUGAAAAACUUGAAAAAGAGCUGGAAAGUAUAAAAGCAGGGUACAAGGAAACAGUUAAAACUCUUGCAGGAACUGUAAAUAAAUAUGUGGACGAUGAAAAGAAUGCAGAUGCGAGUAAAGAACUGAUAAAUGUGCUCAAAGAGCAGCAAGAAAAACUAAAAUUAGAGCUCGACGAAGUUAUUGAGAUGGUGGUAAGCCAGCCUUCCAAAUCAGCUAAAAUUUUACUAAUUGAAGAAGGAGAUAAAAUAUUUAAUAUAGUAAGCAACGAAAGUUUGUCAAGCACUGGAAAAUUCCAGAACUUCGAAGAAAAUUUGCCUCUUGAAGCAAAUUUAAUAAGAAAGCCUAUUGUUGAAGUAAUUGCACUAUAUGACUACCAUCCGGGAUUUUCAGACCAUUUGAGCUUUAAAGCUGGAGAUAGGAUCUCUGUAAUGAGUAAAAAUGAAGAUGGGUGGUGGCAUGGGAAAAUUGGGGAGAAAUUUGGAAGAUUUCCAAGCAAUUACAUUUUACUUGACUAA